GUAAACGUCAAAAAGUUGUUAGUGGGCAACUUGAAUUUGUUUGCGAUUAAAUUACUCAUUUAACAGUGCCUUUAACAUAAUAUAAUUAAAAAUGUCUAAUUAUACAGAUUUAGUAAGUAAAAUGGGCAAAGAUAGUUCUAGGGCAGCGUGCAAGAAGUGCGGUUAUGCAGGACACUUAACUUUCCAAUGCAGAAACUUUAUAAAAGUGGACCCCAACAAAGAGAUCGUUCUAGAUGUAAGCAGUACAAGUAGCGACACUGAGGAAGAAUAUGCUACUCCUCUGCAAACUUUAAGAGAAGCUGAAUUAAGACAGAAGUUGCAAGAAAAGUUACAGAAGGCAAAAGAAAAAAAGAAGAGUAAAAAAAGAAAGAGAUCUAGAUCAUCAAGUACUUCCUCGUCAAGCAGUAGCUCAUCAUCAUCAGAGAGCAGCGAUUCAGAUAAAAAAAAGAAGAAACACAAGAAGAAAACGAAAAAGUCUAAAAAAUCUCAUAAAAAGAGUAAAAAGUGAUUAAAAAAUUGAUUAAAGAUUUUUUAAUGUUUCUGCAACAAUGUUUAAGAUUGUGUUCAAUAAUAAAUUGCCAUAAAUAUAUUGA